AAUGAUGAUGAAUGAGGUAAUUGUUAUUGAUUUGAUUUUCUCAUUUGGAUUGCGACCAACCAAUCAAUUGUUUGAUCAUUGAGUCGUAAGUUUUUUUUGUUUGAUUAAAAAUGUUGAUCCAACCACGAAAAUUCAUUUUAUCGACAGUCAUCCCAAUGAUAAUUGUUGUGGCUGUUCAUCUUCUGACCAUUGAUGGAACAAUUCUCGAUGAUUGUAAGGUUGAUGGUGAUAAAAAUUUGACGGAAAAACGAUACGCACAAUUACAAUCGAUUGAAAUGGAAUAUUUGCUUGCUAAAUCCGAGGCACAAAAGCUAAUCGAAGAAAAUCGAGAAAAAGGCGUACAGGAUGAUAAUCUAAUCAAUCGUUAUGAGGACUUGUUACGAAAUUAUGAACAAUAUGAUUAUAUGAUGAAAAAUGAUCCAGAAAUGUGCGAUGUAUUCAUACAGGAACUGCGGGAUAAUGUUAAUUAUUUUGUCGAAAAAGUUUUGAAACCGCGUAAAAAAGAAUUGAAAGAAAUGUUUUCGGAAUAAAAUUUUUUUAAAUAAUCAAAAAAAUUGCCGGAAAAAC